CUUGGGGAAUAAGGAUUUAGAAGACUUUCCUCCCUCGCCUCCCGACCCUCCCUUUUUUUUCAACUUUGUACAUAACAAAACCACCUCAAUUCUACACUUUCUGUACGAGGAAAGCACCGAUCAUUAUAUAAAUACAUCAUGUCUCACGGACCUCCUCGUUCGUUUCCAUCUCUCAAUUAUCCAGCUAAUAAUAUACCUCGACAACAACAAGUCAUAAAUGGUCAACAACAAAACUAUCAACAAACACUGGUUACGAGUACAGGUCCUUCACCUACUCUAGGUCAUUUGGGCCCAACUACAAACAACGUUUCUACCAGUGGCAGUAAUAGUCCUAGUAGUAAUACGGAUGGUAGUGCCGGAGCUAACAGUGGCGGCGGUGUCAGCAGCGGUAGUGGUGGUGGUGGUGGCGGCGGCGGCGGUGGUAGUAGCAAUAACAGUACUACUGGUACUACGAGUGGUGGAAAUGGUGGCGGUGGAAACCGAGGUAUUACUACACCCAGUACAACACAAGAGACAUUAUACUGUGAUAGUUGCCAAACCUUUCGACAUGUAUCCUUCUUUCAUGAACGAGAUUUUAAGUAUAAUGUGUGUAAUAUCUGUCAUACGCGUGAGUUACAAAAGAGGAAACAUCAAAUGGAAAGAUUCGAGCUUUAUGAGGAACAACAAAGGACUUAUAAACAAGGUAGAUAUACACAACCAACACAACAACAACAGCAACAACAACAAAUGUACGCAACACCACUCCCUAUUCAGCAGCCCCAAAUACAUUCAUCUGCCCCUAUAAAUCUAGGAAACAGUAGUGGUACCGGUAGUAAUCAUGCUUCUCCUCUACCACCCCCUCAAACCAUAUCUUCACCUCAGAUUAAACAGUCACCACCACCUCCUCCUCCCCCACAACAGGCCACAUCAUCCUCUAACUCCUCCUCAUCAUCAUCCUCAGCAGCAGCAGUAGCUACUUCCAUGAUGCUAACUUUGGCUCAAGUCAAUAACAAUAAUAACACUACUAAUAAUACAAGUCCGAAUACAGUCACCACCAACAAAUCUCAAAUGUUUUCGACUCCUGCUAUGCGAAAUCAGUCGCAACUCCAAUCACACAUGCAUUCACAACAAGUAAUGCAACCUGUAAAUUUACCGGACCCAGUAAAACACGAACCUCAGCAACAGCAGCAUCACCAACAGCAACAUAAUAGCUGUGGAUUAUCUUCUAUCGUCUUACCUACCACAACAAUUCAUCGAAAUACCACCUCCUCAUCUGCCGAAAGAGCUUCACAAGAUGUGAUCAAUUUUGAAACGUUUGUUAGAGAAUUAGAAAAGGAAACAGAGUUUGACCGGAAGCAAUAUCAUCUUGAUAUUGCUCCCUUGAUGGAAAGUAUGGGAGAAGGUGCUGGAUUUACUCAAUUAGGUAGAGGUAUUUGUGAAAAAGUUUUGGAAGGCACAAAGUUCAAUUUCAGUUUGAAAGAUCGCCGACGCUCUACAAAGAGCCCUGAUACAUUAUCUACCCUCCGUUAUUAUUGUUCUCAAAGAGCCGAUACUGCUAAACCGAGAAAAGUUGAACAUCCAAAAGCACAAAAUCUAAUGAAAAAAACAGCUCAUGUAACGGUGAUCCAUAAACACGCUCAUCCUCCAUUCGUGUCACAGCAUCAUCACCAUCAUCAGCAACAGCAACAACAACAACAGCAUCAAAAAACAAAAGUGAAACAGACACCUUCAACACUACAUCAACCAUGUCAUUCCCAAUUAGCUUCGCAUAUGCAGCAACAGUCCCCACAACGUCAUCAUUCUCCUGUAAGCCAACACUUGUCUAACCCACAUCAACAACAACAGACACAGCAGGCUCAAACCCAAGCUCAGGCCCAGCAACAAGCACAAGCCCAAGCUCAGCAACAGGCUCAGCAACAGGCCCAGCAACAAGCUCAGCAACAGGCCCAGCAACAAGCACAACAACAGGCCCAGCAACAGGCCCAUCAACAGGCCCAUCAACAGGCCCAGCAACAGGCACAAGCGCAAGCCCAAGCGCAAGCCCAAGCGCAACAGCAGGCACAGGCGCAAGCCCAAGCGCAACAACAGGCGCAAGCCCAGGCACAUCAGCAAGCACUCCAACAACAACAAGCACAGCAGCAACAACACAUAAGGCUAAUGAAGCAAAGACAGGCCAAACAAGUGGAUAGCCAAUUUGAUUUAUUGAAACAAAAGAUUGCUGAUAUUGGUAUUUUAAUUGAAUCGCAACAACAGUAUGGUAACAAAGAUUUCUUACAGACAGCUACGGAAGCUUUGGCAGGGGCAGACGAAAUGUUGAGUGCGUGUAAAGCGAUGGAAUCCAACGAGUUAGACACCCCACCUAAUAAGUAUACCGUCCAUUAUAAUAAACGAGGGGAUCACUUUGUAUAAUAAGAAUAAGCGUACAGUCUUUUUUCAUAUUUUGGGAUUUGGUUCAAUCGGAAAAAAUAAAUGUGUUGUAGUGUGUAUGUAGUGUGUGACUUUGAACCGGAACAUUAAAAAGGAGGAGAAUUGACCUAAAUUAGCGAC